GUCAAAGCUCAAUUGUACGGCAAUCGUUCAUGGAUAGCAGAUCUUGAUCUUAAAAAUAAGUUGUCUAAGCACACUGAAUGCGUUAAUGCUUUAUGUUGGUCCGAAUCCGGGGAUUUACUCGUAUCUGGCGGAGACGACACAAAACUUGUUAUCUGGGAUGUAUAUGACAAUUAUAAUGUGAAAUCAAUUAUCAACACUGGUCACACUCAUAAUAUCUUUGGUACAAAGUUUCUUCCUUACUCAAACAAUUCCAAGAUUUUGUCCUGUAGCGGCGACGGUCUCGUAAAACUAUUCUCGCUUGAUCGUACAAGUAACGAGGAGAAUAGUUAUGGGAUUGAUUCGUGUACUUCCGUUUGGGAUUGUCAUAGAGAUUCAGUGAAACAAAUUGUACCAACCGAUGAUGGCCAUUGCUUCCUCACCUGCAGCACAGAUGGAACCGUUCGCGGUUUUGACACUCGUGAACAUCAUCAUUGCGAUUCUAAUAGUUCUUGUUCAUGUAUCUUGGUAAACUACGCGCCAUUCGGCAUCGAGCUUAACACACUAAGCAUGUCGAAGGGCCAUUCCUAUAAUUUUGUAAUCGGCGGAACUCAUCCAUUCGCGUUUCUGCAUGACCGAAGAAUGUAUGGUCGUCAUUCUCAAAGUCACUUUACACGUACUUCUCGUUGUGUCAGGAAGUUCUGUCCUGGCGGCGGUGAGAGCUCUAAUUACCCUUACAACAGGGAGAUUACAGGUUGUAGGCUCAGCAAUUAUAACCCACAUGAGCUUCUUGUCAGUUGGUCUUCCGAUUAUAUUUAUCUUUUUGAUAUAAAUGGAUAUGAAAACACACCUGCUACGUUUAAGGAAGAACGGGAGCAUUUAAAACGUUGCAAUUCAAACGCUAAGAACAUUCGAAAAAAGAGGUUACGGACUUCCGAUCAGUCACGGAUGCUUCCUAGUAUGACUUCCACGAAUUACAUUCGACUUGUUCCUAAUUUGUAUAUUACAUUCCAUUCAAGAACAGAGUCCUACUAUCAAAUCAACAUGAAUAUAUCAGCAUUUUUUGAGAAUGGCGACGAUGGACAAUAUCAAGAUGUUUUUAUUCGCAAACGACUACAUAAUUGUGUUAUUUACAUUAAAGAUUCUAUUGCCCAUUUGAGCAAUGAUCUCUCUGUAAGUGACCGAAGCGAACCAACAUAUCAUAAUCGGGUAGCGUUACUACGAUAUUGGAAAGCUUGUGUUUCGGUUAUUGCUUUGCUAAAUGAUCGCGUUAUUUUGGAAACAAAUACUAUAAUUAUGGCGGGAUGGGACUGGCUCUAUGAUUUCAUGAAUUGGGUCAUUCGGUGGAUGCUGGGACUAACAAAUCAUUGGGCUUUGCAAAUGGCACCCGUACCAAGAAACUCAGAAGAAGAUCUUGUUGUCUAUGACCCCGAUGAUAUAAAUGUAAUCAUUUUCCAUGAUUCUGCUGAAAUGAUCCGAGCUUUUGCACGGCUUGAUUUCCCAGCAUCUGAAGUACCGUCCAGCAUUAAGCAUUUCUGGAUCCAUAAAGUGCUGCGCAGCUGCUUAAAACACAUAUCGUCAAGCUUUAUGCAUCAGAGUUUUUAUAGCUGGGAUGAAUCUACGGUCUCACUUCAAGAUUCGCGUAAGUCACUUAACUCAUCUUCAAUGAGUAUUAUAUUAACACCUCUAGUUCAAACAGAUACUCGUGGAACUUCGGACUCGUCCUUUCAUGAUGAAGACGAGCCAGAUGAUGAUGAUGAUGAUAUUGAUGAAGACGACGACUUAAACUAUCGUGUCGAAGAUGAUGAUGACUCAGAAGAGUUUACUUAUGAAAACAACAUUUUGGAAAUUAGAAUGCGAGCGCGCCAUCGAGUCGCACCAGGGGCUCAAGUCAUAUCGCAUGAACGAACAUAUUCUGGACAUUCAAACGUUGACACCGUGAGGGAUGUCAGCUUUUUCGGCAAGCAAGACGAAUACGUACUAAGUGGUUCUGCUGAUGGCAAUCUGUUUAUAUGGAGUAAAGAUACGUCUUCCAUAGUUGCAAUUUUGGAAGGAGAUUCCGAGAAUGUGAAUGUUAUGGAGGGACACCCGGAAUUACCGCUCAUUGCCAGUUGUGGAAUUGACUCAACUGUCAAGGUUUUUGGUCCGGGUCGAAACCCCAAUGCUCGAAGGUCAAAAAACAAAACUGAUAACUGUUAUCGAAUUAUUGCUAGCAACGAAAUGAGCCGCCAAUUUGGUUCCCGUGACUUUUAUGUCACAAGUCGGAUGUUGUCAAGAUUGGCUCACCAUUCAAACUGGGAUAAUGCUACUGGGGAAGGUUCCCUUGACACUGCUUCAUGCAAUAUAAUGUAA